UUAUCAGUAGCACUUUUGGGAUAUUAUUCAUUUGGAAAAGUUUAUGAAAAUAAUUUUAGAAUGAAAAUGAAACGUUCUGUUGUUCCGGAUUUGUUACUGGUUAUUUUCUUUUGUCAAAAAGCAUUUUGCUCAUAUGACUGCUAUACCUGCGAGGGAGGACCACUAUCUAAUUGUGGAACUGUUGCAGCCACUGGUGUCACUGAGGUUUGUUAUGGCAGUUACUGUUAUGAAGCUUUUAUAUUGUACCAAAAUGGAGCCAUGCCUAUGGUGCAGAGAAGAUGUUGGCAGAAGCCGGAUAACACAAAUGAAACAAACUUUUGCGAAUGGGUAAAAACAUCAGAAUCUAUCAAGAAUAGUCACGCUACUGUCGUAGACUGUAACAUAUGCAGCUACCGUUUAUGUAAUACGCACAAAAGAUUUUGGGAGAGUAAAUAAUGAAAGGAGAAUUGAUGUAAUUGAUGUUAAAUUUUGGGUUGUACGAAUUUUAUGUUUCACUCAUUGGUUGAGGAAUUAUUUAGUAGACUAAUAAACAAUGAAUAAUUGUCA